GAUGCGGCUGACGAGGAGGAGCCAGACGUUCAUUUCGAACCGUUGGUCAAGCUUGAGAAGGUCGAGGUGAAGACUAACGAAGAAAAUGAGGACGUCUUGUUCAAGAUCAGAGCCAAGCUUUUCAAGUUCCAUCCAGACACAAAGGAGUGGAAGGAAAGGGGAACGGGAGAUGUCAAGUUUUUGAAGCACAAGGAAACAGGGAAGGUGAGAUUAUUGAUGAGAAGAGACAAGACGUUGAAGGUUUGCGCCAACCACUCGAUUGCUCCUGAAUACACGUUGAAGCCAAACGUCGGUUCAGACAGAUCCUGGGUUUACUCGGUCACUGCAGACGUCUCCGAGGGUGUUCCAGAAGCACAGACCCUUGCCAUCAGAUUCGGAAACAAGGAGAACGCGGAGAAGUUCAAGGAGGAGUUUGAAAGUGCCCAAAAGAUAAAUAAGGAAUCC